AUGUCGGUUCUACAGAGUUUGCCCGUGAACAACGGAUCAGUCGAUGGUGUCCGCUACUUUGAUGCACGGCCUCGACAUGGUGUAUUUGUCCGCCCAAAGGCUCUCGAACGCAUCGAUCCUGUUGAACGUGCUCUGGCUGCUGGUUAUCUCGCAAAGACGGUGGAACAAGUCACGCCGCCCAACUCGGAUCACCUCUCACCAAAGCGUCAUGGACUGAGCCUGCUCGCCUUGGCGAGCCAGGACGACGUGCGCAAGGUUGAGCAGAACCGAUCGCGCCUGUUUGACGCCGGGCUGGCUCCCGGGGUCGGCGUUGCGCUGCGCGCCGGCCUCCCAGUCCUCGUUCCGCCGAACAACGCCCCAGCUGUGGUUCGGUUUGUCGGCGCGCUGGACGAUGAUCCCGGAUGGGCAGCGGCAGCGCUACAGCUACUACCCAAGCGACACGGGCUUGGCUAUGUUGAGCCUCCUCUUGACGAAAAGGCGCUGCGGCGGGUCCUAGAUGGCAUUGCGGUCGCGGGUGAGGCCGUGACCACGCCACUUGAUCCGUCAGGCUCGUCGCUAACGGCGCGAGCCCGUGAACACGUCACAGCUGUCGCUGACAUGCUUGCGCUGAUGGAGAAGCUCGAACCGCUGGUCGACUCGCGAGCUGACACUCGACGACUGCAGCGGGCACGGAUCCACAUCCGCGCGUGCGGCAAGGCUGUCCGCCGAAAUGCCAAGGCAUACCGCCGCCGCAAGACCGUUGCGUCGCGUGCCAAGCUGGCGGCGGCGUCAGCGGUCCUGGCAGCGGCGGCAGAAGCCGGCAUUGCUCUUGCACAGCGGGCUGGUAACGCCUCACUCGGCUUAGACGAUGCGGACGCUCGCGAGCUGUGGGCCCCGCCGCUGGCCAACCUCGCCCUGCUUGCCGCCCAGGUUCCCUCGGCAUGGUCCGCCGCGGACGUUCGUCAGCGUCCCCAUGAUGCCGCUAGCGAGCUGCAGCAUCUUGUAGCUCUUGCCGUUGAUGCCAUUGGACAUUUGGAACAGGCUUCCGGCGCUGUGGACGCGCCCAGCGGCGACUUGCUGCGCAGCCAUGCCAGGGCGCUAGAGACAGCACGCGCGGCCGGGAGCCGUGCUCUUGCCGAGAUCUCCACUCGCCCGACGUCACGGCGUAGUGCCAAGCACGCCGCUCGUGCCAUCACCUCGCUCAUAGCAACCCUGCAUGCUGCACUCGACGCCGGAUCCGCGUGCACGCUGGCAGCCAUGGAUGCUGCUGGCGCGCCCGCCACCCUCAGUCGAACCGCUGCUGCCGCGCGCAGCGUUUCAUCCCAAGCGCUGCUAGGCCUCAGCAAGCCUGAGAGCGCAACUGCCCUUCUCACAGCCGGGCUUGCCCUCCAUCAGGUGGCCGGCACCCACGAACUUGAGUUUGCGACCAAGACGCUGGCUAGCGCGCUCGACACUGGCCGCGACAAUGACGCUGUUGUCACGGCGGCUGGCAGCCUAGCCGAGGCCAUCGAUGCUCACACUGGGGCUGGUGGUCAAGACUCGAGUGGACACGACUACACCGCAGUCGAGAGGCUCUCGCAGGCCCUCGGAUCCGGCGAUCUGGGCGAGGCCGAGGGCAUGGUGUUGGCAGCAGCGAACCAAGGCCGAUCUGCGCUGGCCACGCCUGGGGCGCAGUCGAUCUCUUGGCUUGGCCCGCAGCUCAAGCAUGCGCUCGAGGAACUCGAGGCCGUCGAAGUCGGUGAUUCUGGCACCGACGAUGUGGUCCAUGCAGCCGAACGAGUCCAUCUUCUCGCUGCGCUUGCCACCGCCCACACCAAGAUGGGUGAGCUGGCCGCUGACGGGAGCAGUACGGCCAAGCCCGCCUCACGUGCCAACUCACCAGCGCUGCUGCUAGGCGGUCAGCCGCAACCGCCAGCUGACAAAGUGCUCUCGUUCAACGACUUGAUCGAGCUCGACAAUGAUCAGAAGCGAAAGGGCUCAGGGCUGGACCUCGUGGGUGCAGACGUCGAAGUUAUGCCUACGCUCACGGCAUCAAUGAGCGUGGUGCCUGUUGCCGAAGCGCGGCCUGUCGAGCACUAUCUCCGGCUCCUGCAAGUGGCGCCCGAGCAGGACACGCUGCUGCGGGUGAAGGCUGCGCUGGAUGGUGCGAGCUCGCAGUGGGCCGAGGAGUUUGUCGACGGCGGUGGGCUGGCGGCACUGUUUGACGAGCUCUCGGUGGUGCAGACCGGGGCAGAAGCUGAUGUCGAGACUCACAUCUUCGAGGAGGAGCUUAUUGACACGGUGGCAACAGCAAUGGCGACGGUGAGCGGGCUGGAGGCUGUGGCUGCUGAGCCCGCAUACGUGGCGCGGUUGGCGGAGGCAACGUACUCUGAGGUGCCGAGCGUGGCGCGGCUGGCGGCGCACUUGCUCACUGGCCUUGCCCGCUACUCGAGUGAGUCACACACGUUGGUCCAGGCCUCGUUGGUCGCUGCCGCCGCAGAUCAGCCGCGGGCUCGGGCCAGGCCGUAUCAGCAGAUUGUGGCGGUGCUAGGCAAUGCCGAUCUCGACGUCGAGGGCGUGCAGCCGGUGGUCAACAUGCGGCUGGUUAACGCGCUGGUUGAUGGUGCGCCUGAGCUUGCAGCGCGGACCGCCAUGCGAGCCAUGCUGGAAGAGACCGGGGUGUGGGAGGCGGCGUGGACGCGCCUGGGUGAGGUCGUCGAAGCCGCGGCCGACGACGACAAGACUGCCGGUGCACUGCAGGCCGCUAUGGAGAGCUACGAGGCUUCGGCGGCGCACGACAAGGUGCUCGCCGAGUUUGGCGAUGUCUCACUAGAUGAUCCGGUGGCUGUGGCGCGACUGUUGCAGACGAAUCUACGAAGCGCCGGCGAGACGUAUGCCUCGUUUGUGAGUGUAAUGCAGUCACUGCUGGCCGUGCCUGGCUCAACGGCGCGCGGGUCUGUGAUCUGGGACGGGCUUGCCAAGCUGGUGGCCGAGGUGGCUGGCAAUGGGGUGGUACCCAGCUCAAAGCGCGAUGCCGGGGUUGAACAACUUCGGAAGCUCAUGGCUGAUCGAGAGGACAUCGAUGGCGCGAGGAAGCGCGAGGCAGCGCUGCAAGCGCAGAUUGCGGACUUAACCUCACAGGUAGCAACGCUCUCCGCCGAUGCGCCACAAGCAGCCAGUGCGCUGCAACGCCGCGACGCUGUCGCCGCCGAGCGCGAGGCCGCGCUGGUGGCCGCAAAGCAAACGGCUGUGCGUGCUGGUACCGAGGCGCUGCGUGCGGCACAUGCACGGCGCGAGGCCGAAGUGGCAGCCUUUAGCUCGGCAAUACGGGCUGCGCGCAACCAGCUCGAGUUUGUGACCAAGGAGCUGCAAACCACUCGCAAAAACCUCAAGGCCCACAAGAUGACGGCCGGAAUCUCGGCGGCGGCUGUCCCACUCAAGGCUGUCAUCAAGCUCAAACGGUUUGCCAAGCGGGCCAAGCAGCGGAGGGCAAGUGGCGACGGGAGCGGACCGUCUCCGCCGCCGCCGGGAGGCCCACCGCCGCCGCCUCCGCCUCCGCCGCCACCUCCGCCUGGUGGAGGCCCACCGCCGCCGCCGCCGCCGGGCGUCAAGGCCGAAGUGGUAGUCGGUGGGUUCAAGCGCGCAAGCUGCAAGAUGCGCAAACUUCGCGUCUCGGCGCUCACCUCCAAGGCAGUGGCCGGGACGGUGUUUGCGGACGUAGAGGUCUCAGCGGCGCCACUUGGUCUUGAUCUGGCCUCACUCGAGCCGCUGUUCAACGCAGAGCCCAAGGCGGUGAAGAGCAGCAAGAGCACUAGCAAGAAGCGAGCCAAGGUGAUGGAGGUUCUGGAGCCCAAGGUGGCGCAGAAGAUUGGGAUUGUGCUUGCACAGUUCCGCGAUCUGCCGAUGCACUCACUGCGCGACGCGCUGGUGGUGGUGGAUGAGGGAGUCCUGACGCCGGAACGGGUCAAGCGCUUGGCUGCGGUGCGACCAAGCGCCGAGGACGAGGAGGCUGUGCGUUCAUACCUUGUGACACCAGUACCUGGGAUUGUACUUGGUAAGGCUUCUCAGUUUGUGGCAGCGGUGAUGGAUGUGCCGGACCUCCGCGCCGAGCUCGACCUUCUUGUCUUCCACAACGAGUUUGCUGAGCUCGCAUCUGAGGCCGAAGCCGGUAUUGCGGUGGUCCACGCGGCUGUGGGCUCGCUGGCGUCGGGCGUGCAUCUUGUGCGGAUUCUCCAGCUUGUCCUUGCAGUUGUCAACUAUACUGCGUCGUCGGCGCGGCCGAUCCUUGGCUUUGCCGCGUCCUCGCUCAACGCGCUUGCCGAUACCAAGAGCGUUGAUGGCUCGUGCACGCUCUUGCACGUCCUCGCGGCGCACGUCCAACGCAACGCGCCCGAGGUCGAGGCUGGGCUCCGUGCCGAGCUAGCGGAUGCGGGCGCAGGUGCACGCAAGCCGCUCGCCACCGCCGUUGGCCCUGCGGUGCGCGAGCUAGCGAGUCGGACGCAUACAGCCGCGGCGCAGCUGCAGGCAGUUGGUGAGACCAAUCCAGGCACGCGGCUGCACGAGCUGCUGGACUCGUUUAUGGAGACGGCGCUCGAGCGGGUGGCCGAGCUGGUGGCCGAUCUCGAGCACGUCGAGGCGCGGGCGCGCGAGGUUAUGAUCAAGUACGGCGAGGAUCCGAGCAAGCACGACAUCUCGUUCCUGCUUGGUGCGCUGGCGCAGUUUCAGGUGCGGUGGGACAAGGCGCUUGCCGACAACGCCAAGACGCGGCGGCGCGAAGAAGCGCGAGCCCGGCGCGCCGCUGCCCAGGCCACCCGACGCCGCGGGCGAAAGAUGGUCUCUGCCGUUGAUCUUGCAGCGCUUGCAACGUCUGUGUAAGCCCUUGUCCUCUGGACGUAGCAUAAAGAUCAUCCAUAGCCA